CAUAUAUGGAUUAGAUAUCUACUGUGAGAGGUGGAACGAAUGGCUAUCAUCUUCCACCACUUGCUACACCCGCCACACUGUUCUUCUCCACUUCCUGCUUUUUCGUCAUCAUCAAGGCCAUUGAGGUCUCAGAUCUCCUGCUCUUCCUCUUCAUCAUCGGCUCACAUGGAACCGCACAACGAAGGGCGAACAAAGUUCAAGGCAUUCCCGUAUGUCUCGGCCCCACACAGAAACCUGAUGGUGGAUCUCGUAUCAACGGUGGAGAACCGCCUGGACUCGCAGCUCCUUCCUUGCACUCUACCGCCUGAUGUACAGUACUACCAGAACCAGAGUGGGACCGGCUGUGCUUCGCUUCACAUCAGAUCUGGCCACAAGCCCUCCCAGAUUGAUUUCAUAUUGGGUAGCUGGAUACACUGUGAGCUACCAACGGGAGCAGCACUGAACAUAACAAGCCUGUCAGCCUAUCUGAAACCUUCCACCGACGCACCAAAUUUCCUUUUUGAGCUCAUUCAGAGCAGCCCAACAUCGGUAGUUCUCAUUCUCGAUUUGCCUCCUCGAAAGGACCUUGUUCUCUCCCCAGACUACCUCACCAAAUUCUACGAAGACACUCAGCUGGACAAACAUCGUCAAACGCUUGAGAAAAUCCCUGAGGUUCGACCCUAUAUCUCUUCGUCCCUUUACAUACGUUCCCUAGUGUCUCCUACGGCUAUUACGGUUCGUAUUGAGACGGAGGCAAGUGGACAGGGACGCAUGGAGGAGUUCAUAAAAGAUCAUGUAGAUCCCAUUGCAAAGGAAGUGCUGGGGAUCUGGUUGGAUCUGUGUGCUUGUGGGGAGAGAGAGGUGGGAGAGACUGAGCGAGCUUAUUUGGAAAAGAGGGAUGGGUUGGUUAAGAGCAGGACCAUUGAGAUUGAUUUGGGGUCAAGCUUGCCGAGAUUGUUUGGGCCAGAAGUGGCAGACCGAGUAUUGGGAUCCGUACGGAAGUUUUUUACUGCAUGAAAAGCUAUUUUGUUCAAUGUAAAGAGAAAUGCUAGAACAUGUAAAUAAGAGUAAACCCAAUAAAAGGGCCAAAUCCGCAGUUUUUCUUCUUCUUA